UUUAGGUGGUGUUAGUGGUAAUCAAAUUUAUAUAGAGUUUGUUGAUUUAAAAGUUAGACAUGUUUGUUAAAUUUUGAAAGUGUUGGAAAGAUUUUAUAUAUUGUGAAAAUAAAAAUAAAUUACUAUAAUAGUUUUAAGAAUAUAAGAGAUAUAUGUAUUCUUAAAAUCUAGUUUUAUGAGUUAAAUGAUUAAAAUAUACAAUUCCAAUAACAUUAAUUUUAAUGGAUUUGUUAAAAUCCAACCUUUUGAAGAACAACAAAUUGCGUAUAAAAUUCAAAAUCAUCAAACUAAUAACACUAGAUUUUAUUAAAAAUACGAGAAUCUAUAAACUAAUAUAAUCCAUUAUUUAGCUAAACUAAAAUGUCAUUUAAUUAAAAUCAACCUUUUGAUUUGAAUAAAAAAUAAUAUCAUAUGCAUGAAAUUUCUCUCUUUUUCAGUCAAAAUUAACAAUUAUUUCAAAAUUAACAAUCACUAAUAAACAUUAAACACACACACAGAGAGAAAAACGAGUAAGGCAGUAAGCCAUCAUGGAAAAUGAAAUAAACCUUGCUUCUCCCGCAAGAAAGUCAAUCAGUAAAGAAAAUACAACUGGGAUGAGAGAUAACGUUUUUUUUUAAAUGGAAACUAUUCUAUUCGUCCCAGGAGAAUAAACAAAGUUUCAACUAUACGUGAUCUGAUCAUUUUAUCACAUUGAAUGAGAUCCGGUCAAAUCCUCCAAUCUAUUUGUUUAUACAAAAAAUCACAUAUAUAGUUUUAAGACAAGUCUCAUUAUGAUAACUAUAAAGCCAACUCUCUUGUCGGAAUACUAAAUCCUCCUAACAACUCCUCCAUAACCAAAAACCUUCAAUCUUCAACCUCUCCGAUCCCCACACACACAAAGAACCAGUCAAUAUGUUGAGUCCCUUUUCUUCACCGAAGAGAUCGAUGAAAGAAAGCAAGAACCCUUAUUCAAAUCGUGGUCUUGACAAGUUCUCUGCACUUCUAUCUGAGCUCGACGAGAAGAGACAGAGCAUUUACGCUAAUAGGCUAGACUCCGAUGGGCCUCCUCUUGUUCGGUUUGUGUUCAAAAGCUCCGGAGAGUGCGUCCCUGUGAUGAUCAAGACAAAGAAGGUAACCAAGAAGAAGGUUGAUGGUCAAGAAGAUGAUCUCAAGAUCAAGACCGAGUCAAAAACAAAGGAGGCAAAGGAAAUAAAGGAGACAGAGUCAGAAACAACGGAGAAGAAACAGAGAUGUGUAUUGAACGAGAAUCUGGAGAAGAUUUCAAGACCGAACCGUUUUUUACCCGUGACAGUGAUGUUGGUUCUAGUCUUCUUGGUGUUUUUUGGACGAACAGUUUCGAUCAUGUGCACUUGUAUCGUUUGGUACUUGGUUCCAAUGAUCAAAGAACAGAGCAGAAAGAAAGGAUCAACAUACAAGACCCAAAAGAAGAAGAAGAAAAUGAACGAGAGGAUGGCUCGUGACCAAAAUGUUCUCAAGGAGAAGCUUCCGCACCUUUCUGCUGCUCCUGGUAAAACUCGGUGACGAAAACUGAUUAACCUUUGUUCUUUUAAUUGUGUUUGAAAGUUCUUUUAUUCGUUUCAUAUGACAUUAACCUUAAUUACUUUUUAGUUCCUUGUUAUGUGAUUUGUUCUGUUUAUAUUUUCUAAUUCUAGUGAUAUGUAAUUAUUCAAAGGGAGUUGUGGUCUGUAGUUCCUUAAUUCAAUUCUACAGAACUCGUAGAAUCUUUAAUCUAAAUGGGAAUAUCUGGUUUAGGAGGUUUGGUUGCUUGUUUCUUUGGACAACCUGUACUGUUUACUAUCGCCCACGUUUGGUAUUUUUUAAGGAAAUAACUAGAUUUUGAUCCGCGCUUUGAAAGCGCAAAAUAUUUUAUGAUGACAAAUUUUACUAAUAACUUAAUAAAUGUUUUGUUAAUUUUUAACAAUUUUUUAUAUUUAAAAUAUUUUUGCAAUUAAAUCAUUUUUUUAAAAUUCGAUCCAAACUCGCGGUCAAACCGAUUAAUCCGGUGAUUUGAUAAUUCGAUUUAGAUUUUUUAAAAACAUUUAAAAAAUCACUAAAAUCCGAGACUAACCGAUUGAACCGAUGAAUGACCGAUAUGUAAUCCGAUUUGAUUUAAAUUAAUAUUGUUUCAUAAUUUAUCACUUUUUAAUCCAAAUUUUAAAUUUCAUUGUUUUGCAAUUUUAUGAAAUUAUGACUUUUCUACUAAAUUUUGAUAGAGAUAAUGAUAAAUAUCAAAUAAUUAAGAACUAUAAAUAUGUCUUGAACAUAUUAAUCCUUUUUAUAUAGCUUAAUUAAUUUUAUUAUAAUUGUUUUGUGUAAUUUAUCUUGUUAGUAAUUUGGUUUAUAUUAUAAUCGGUUUAAAUUUGUUGUUAACAAUUAGUGUUAAGAAUUUUUCUUUAG